UUUCGUUUCCUGGCCUGGAGUUAUUUCCGCCUUUGGCGCUGGGUGUAACUUCGAGCUACCAGCGGCAGAAGUCAGAGGAAAAGGGCGGAAGGGUCUGGCAGGCCUCCGAGGGAACUUCGGCGCGGGGACCCCGCGGAUGCCGGCCCCGCCACUUUCGCUUUCCAGCGCCCACCCUCCGGGCGCCCGUGACCGCCUUUCCUUCGGCCGCAGCCUCGCCCCGCUCCUCGCCCGCCGCCGCUCCGGCGCUCCCCUGCCGCGUCUGGAUCCGGAUGGGGUUCCCGGCGGUGCGUCUGGGGCUCCUGUCCGCGGCGGCCGUCCUGUUGCUGCGGGGAGGGCGCGCAGGCUCCUCCUCCCAUUCAUUGCGUAUUUUCUACGCGUUGGUGCUGAGCUCCAGCCAGGAGGAGCCCCAGUACAUUGUGGUGGGGUAUGUGGACGACCAGCUCGUGGCACGUUUUGACCCCCGCACGAGAAGAAUGUUGCCCCAGGUCACCUGGCUCCAUAAAGUAGGGGGAGAAGACCCCCAUUUCUGGGACUUGACAUCUCAGAGAGUGAGGACCACGGAGCGGAGGUUCAAAAGCGACCUCGCCAUCUUGCACAGCUCCUACAACGUGAGCACAGGGUUUCACACCUGGCAGCGCAUGAUUGGCUGCAAGCUCAGCCAAGAUGGCCUCAAGAGGGGGUAUUACCAGUACGCCUAUGACGGGGAGGACUUUAUCAGCUUGGAUCGGGAGACCCUCACCUGGACCGCAGCCAAUGUCCGCGCACAGGUGACCAAGAGGGCAUGGGAAGCCGAGCCUUACAUCACCCAGAGCCGGAAUCGCUUCUUGGAGGAGGAAUGUAUUGAGCUGCUUCAGAAAACCAUGGAGUUUGGAAAGGAUUCUCUGUGGAGGAAAGACCCCCCGGUGGUGAAAGUAACCCGCAGGAUCCACUCCAACGGCCUGGAGACCCUCGUCUGCCGAGCCCAUGGCUUCUAUCCGAAAGAGAUGGACAUCACCUGGAGGAAGGACGGGGAGGUCUGGGAGCAGGACACCUUCCGGGGAGGUGUUCUUCCAAACUCAGACGGGACCUACCAUGCCUGGCUGAGCAUUGAGGUCAACCCGAAGGAGAGGGAGCGCUAUCGGUGCUACGUGGACCACGCUGGGCUGCCAGAGCCUCUGAUUGUGGCCUGGGAGGAGCCUGCCUUUGUGUCCAGCGUGGGGAUCGUGGCCGGAGUCGUGGCCGUGGUGGCCGCAAUCCUCGUCGCUGCUGGAGCGAGUGUCUACGUCAGAAAACGUGGCAGAGAUGCAUACAGAACGGCAUCAACCAGCAGCCCGGAUUUUGAAAGUCCUCCAGGUCCACUUGGCAGGUAAAAGCCGAGCAAAGGAGAUCUCCGACGAGGACUCGCUCCGGAAGUACCAGGGGUGAAGCUCGAAGUUACUGGGGGAGCCCUAGCCCUCAGGAAGAGCCCCAGUGUCAUGUUCACCGUUUCGAUGUGCCUGGUACAUCGUAACGCCUCGCAUGCCAUUUCCUGGGAGGGUUAUUCUCGGGAGCGGGUGGCUGAUUCCACUCUAACGAGGUGUUAUCUCUUGGCUGCCACAUUGGAAUGUGUUUGGGUUAAGUCCUGGAUUCAAGGUUGCUUUCCCAGGCUGAGGCUAACAGUUUCCAGCACCUGGGAAGGGGCGGUUGCUAUGGCCGGGCGAGGGAGGGGAUUUAGUUUGUAUUUUCUCGCUCUUUUGCUCAUUCUCAGCUUUCUC